GAAAAAGAUUUGGUCAAAACGGUGUCGUCCCUUAAAAGCCCCGAAAACGGUGCCGUUCAGUGACGUCGGUCCCGCAAACACAAACCAGGCGGUCCUUUUGAAUUUUCUCCGACACGGCGUCCCACGCACGGUCAAACAUCUAACACGCCUGACGCUCCUACUCCUUAACCACCGUCAAUAAAUCCGUCAUCUUCAACCCAAUUAUAACACGCCACGUGUUAAUCUUCCGUCUAAUCUGACGCCGUUAAUCGCGCGUUAUAAAAUCACGUUUUCUUCCUCCCUCACCCAGACCCAGAGGUCUUUCUCUGCGUUUCUUCUUCAGAUCCAACUCCGCUCAAUCGGAUAAUUUAGAAAUGCCGUCGAUGACGAUGACGACGGCUGCGACUGUGACGAUGCCGUAUUGGUGCUACAGCUGCACGCGCUUCGUCAAUGUUUCGUCCGACCAAGACGGAGCCGACGGUGGUAGCGGCGGCGGCGUUUCGUGUCCGCACUGCGACGGCGGUUUCAUCGAGGAGAUCGAGGACUCUGCCGCGGCUGCUGCUGCUGCUUCUGAAGUGAGAUCGGUCAAUCACCCCCGCAGAUCUGUGAUUCGACGCCGGAGAUCCAGUCGCCGUCCGUCGUUUAACCCGGUCAUCGUCCUCCAAGGCGGCGGCGAGAGGGAUAGCGGAGAACAAGAAGACGGUGCUUUGGACCGUCGCGCUUUUGAGUUUUACUACGAUGACGGAUCCGGGUCGGGCCUCAGACCGCUCCCGGAUUCUGUGUCCGAGAUAUUGAUGGGAUCGGGCUUCGAGCGAUUGCUCGAGCAGCUGAGCCAGAUCGAGGCGAGGACAGCCGGGAUCGGCCGAUCCGGGAACCCGCCAGCGUCGAAGUCGGCGAUAGAAUCUAUGCCGAGGAUCGAGAUCUCGGAUUGCCACGCCAACAACGACGCUCACUGCGCCGUGUGCACGGAGGCAUUUGAGCCGGGCACGGAGGCGCGUGAGAUGCCCUGCAAGCACAUUUUCCACGGGGACUGUAUAGUGCCAUGGCUCUCGAUUCGGAACUCUUGCCCCGUAUGCCGGUUCGAGCUACCGUCGGAUCCGAACCGGCGUAGCAACGACAACGACACGGAGGAGCACACUGUCGGAAUGACGAUCUGGAGGCUUCCUGGUGGCGGUUUCGCUGUGGGGAGAUUCGACGCGGCGAUGAGAGACGGAGAGAGAGUGUUGCCGGUGGUGCUGACAGAGAUGGACGGCGGAGGGUUCGGGAACAGCGACGGACCGAGGCGGGUCUCAUGGGUUAGGGCUAAUGGGACUCCUGAGACCGACAGCUCCGGCGGCGGCGGCAGAUUGAGGCGAGCGGUUCGCGGGAUGGUCUCGUUCAUGAGGAGGGUGAGGCCAAACCGGGGCUCUUCGGCUACUCCUUUGGAUACGAACACGGAGAGUGAAUCUAGGGUUUUGGAUCGAUCGAAUUCCUUCAUCGGAAGAUAUUUCCGGCGAAACAGAAGUAACAGAGAAUCAGUUCUUCAGUGAGUAUUAGAACCACCAAAACCGAAUUCAAGAAUUUGCUCAAUUCCUUUUGUCUAUCCAUUCAACAGUGUAAAUAUAAAUUCAGAUGGAAGAUUUAAUUUUUCUCGUAUAAUUUGUAUCAAUUCUCAGUGUGUUACUUUGAUUUUGGAAAUCAUCAGAUGUGUAAGCUCAUAGAUGAAGCAAUCCACCAAUAAUAUCUCAUCUUUUCUUGA